AUGCGAGCAAGCAGGGUUUCGAAAAGGAUUCAGCACAUACACACUGUUUCGAAACUCAUCGAGGUAUCACGAGAGUACAAGAUGCCGCUCUGUCUCACCUUCACCUACUUGAAGAAGGCCUUCGACUCAAUUGAGACGGAAGCGGUCGUGGAAGCCUUGGACCACCAAGGCGUCCUUACUCAGUACGAAAAAGUACGUCGAGAGCUGUACAGUAACUUCACGACCAGAAUUUCGCCAUUCUACAAGAAUAUCAUCAUUGACGUGAAUAGCGGUCCGACAGGGUGA